GAUCGUUUACUUACAGCUGUUCUUAUCAAUCAGCUGUUAUCAGCGGCACUUAUCAAGUGCACUUUACAAGACGUCGUGUGUUGGGAUUUGGACAAGCCGCAAACCGUUUUCUGGACUGCAUCUCGAGAGCCCUUGAGAAUCGACCAAGUAAGUUGCCAUACUCCAAAAUCCCUGUCCGAUCCCGCUUACGUAAUGCUGGGCAAUUUGGGCCGACUCUUGGGUUUCCGUGCGCCCGUCUUCAGGCGAUUGGUGCACACGGAGCGGAAGGUACGGGUUAAUGGCUCCGACUUGAACAUUGUGGAGAGCGGCAGUGGUGAGAGGAGUCUGCUCCUCAUGCCCGGAGCCCUGGGCUCCGCCUGGACCGACUUUAAGCCCCAGAUCGAGCAGCUGCCGAAGCUGCUGCCGGGACACACGAUCAUCGCCUGGGAUCCACCGGGCUACGGCAAGUCGGUGCCCCCGCGACGCAUGUUCGGUCUGGAAUUCUUUCGGGAGGAUGCCCAGGCUGCCGUGGACUUAAUGCGCGCUUUGGACAGGCCUCGCUUCUCCAUUCUAGGAUGGAGCGAUGGAGGAAUCACGGCGCUCAUCGUGGCAGGCCGCCAUGCAGAGGCUGUAGAUCGACUGGCCAUCUGGGGAGCAGGUGCCUACCUAAACGCCGACGAAGUCAAGGCCCUCAAGAACAUCCGGGAUGUGGCCAAGUGGUCGCCGCGGAUGCGGGAACCCAUGGAGAAGGUGUACGGCGUGGAGCGGUUUCCCCAACUAUGGGCCGAAUGGGUGGACGCCGCCUGCGCCUUCUAUGACCAACGAGAUGGCGACUUCUGUCGCUCUGAGGUUGAACAAAUAAAGGCCCCCACUUUUAUAUUGCACGGCAAAAAGGAUCCCAUGAUAGCGGCGGAGCACAUUCCCUGGCUAAGGGAGCGGUUGCCCCAGGCAGAGUACUACGAGUUCCCCGAGGGCAAGCAUAAUAUCCAUCUGCGUUAUGCGGAGGAGUUCAACAAACUAGUGGCUGAUUUCUUCAACAAAAAGGAAUAGAUUAGCUAUAUAGUUGAAUCAACUUGAAAUCUUUUAAAGUCAAGUCACAUUUUAAACGGAAAAGAUAAAAAACACUUCGAAAGUACUACAAGUGGUUUGUAAGCCGACUCUUCAGCGGCAGAUAGUAUUUGGACUUCUAUCAUAUCGACUGUAAGUGAAAAAGUUAUCUUAAAUGGGGAGGCAGCUGUCCAAAGGUCGAACUUAAAGAAAUGAACCUGAUAGUUUUGAUGAAUCAAAUUCAUAUCUAAGCUAAGGAAAUUUGUUUAUCAAUUAAGUGAAUCAUGUCGAAAUUAAUUGAAGAAUAAUCAUAUCACUUAACUUCGCAGCAGAAAAAUAAAUGAAAGUGACAUUUGAAAUAAUUUAAAUCAAGGUCAAUAAAUGUGUAGGAAUAUUCCAUAUCGCUGUGGUAUAGUAUAUUCCAAAAGAAUUACUAAACGAAGAGAUAUCAGUCUUAAGUUCGCAGAAACAUUGAUUCACUUUGAAGCAAAAUGUAAAUCUCGGCAAGGCCAAACUAAUUCCGAAACACUAUCUAAUAAAAAUGCUUAUGAAUGAGACUGAGCUGCUUA